GGUCAUACUGUUCGCAACCGCCCACAGGCUAUUGUUUUUAUUUGUUGUUUAAAGAAAUUUAUGAAAUGGAGCCCCCCUAUGCACCGCUGAGUGAAUCCUGCGCCAAGGCGCUGGGCGACAAGGUGUACGAGAAACGAAAGUUGGCCUCCCAAGAGAUCGAAAAAAUGGUGACGGAAUUCAACCACAAGAACAACUCGGGUCAAAUUCGUAAACUAAUUGAAGUCUUGUCUAAUGACUAUGCCACAUCACGGGACGCGAAUCGCCGCAAAGGGGCUCUUAUCGGACUGGCCGCUACUGGAUUAGGGCUGGGAAAGGACUCGGAUAAGUACGUCAAUGAACUUGUGACGCCCAUAUUGAAUUGCCUCUCCGAUCCAGAUUUGCGCGUCCGUUAUUUUGCCUGUGAAUCGCUGUACAAUGUGGUCAAGGUGGCCCGCUCCGCUAUUAUACCCUUCUUUCCAGAGCUGUUUGGUGCACUUUCCAGGCUAGUCACGGACUCUGAUCAAAUGGUGAAGGAUGGCAGCGAACUGUUGGACCGUUUGUUGAAGGAUAUUGUUACAGAAUCCUCACAGACCUUCAACCUGGAGGCGUUCAUUCCACUGCUUAGAGAGCAUAUCUACGUUAAGGAUGCGUUCGGACGCCAAUAUGUAAUCUCAUGGAUAUCAAUCUUAAAUGCGGUCCCAGAUAUCAACAUGGUCAACUAUCUCACGGAGAUCCUGGAUGGCCUGUUCGUUAUGCUCGAGGAUAACACACCUGAAAUACAGCGCAUGUGCGAGACGACGAUUAGCCAGUUUCUGAAGUCGAUACGCAACGACUCGUCCUCGGUACGGAUGGAGGACACCAUUAAUACGCUGAUCACCCAUGCCCAGUCGCCCAACGAGCUGAUCAAAUCGAUUGCCAUCACCUGGAUUCGGGAAUUCGUGCAAAUAUUUGGACCAAAUGUAUUGCCCUUUGCCGGCGGUAUAUUCACAGCUAUACUGCCCUGCCUCGAAUAUAAUGUGGAAUCCAAACGGAGCAUAAAGGAGUGCGCCGUGUCUGUGAACAGCUCGAUGAUGCGCCUUGUUUCCACCAAGGAACUCAAAACGCAGACCAUUGCCAAGAUUGACUUGCGUUCCAUUAUGGACGUGCUGUCGCAGUACCUCACGCAUAACUCUAUGCACACAAAAAUCGCUGUGCUCAAAUGGAUGCAUCAUCUGUUUACCAAUUUUCCAAAUGAAAUGUCCAUUCAUGCCAGCAAUUUGAAUAACAAUCUCCUAUCCACGCUCGCCGACAACUCUGACGAGGUGGUGCUCCAAAGUCUGUCCGUUCUGGCGGAGAUUGUCAACUCGCAAGAUACGAGGGAUCUCAAUGACUUCAACAAGACACAUUACCGCAAGUUUUUACUUAGCUUAUUGAACCUCUUUAGCGAAGAGAAACUGAUUUUGGAGAACAGAGCUAGCCUUAUCAUAAGGAAUCUCUGUGUGCUGUUGAAUGCUGAAUACAUCUACCGCACAUUCGCUGAGAUCAUUGCAGAGGAAGUGCCCAACUUGAAGUUUGCCUCCACUGUGGUGCGCAUGCUGAACAUCAUUCUGUUGACCUCCACGGAGCUGUUCGAGCUGCGUACCAGCUUGCGAAACAUUUCCAACGAAAAGUCUGCCGAUCUGUUUCAAUGCCUCUACAAGAGCUGGGCCCACUGCCCGGUGUCUACCCUGUCGCUGUGCUUACUGGCGCAAAGCUAUCAACAUGUUUCCCAGCUGGUCGUACUAUUUUCUGAUGUUGAAGUGACCCUGGAACUGCUGAACGAACUGGAUAAGCUUGUACAGUUGAUUGAAUCCCCAAUAUUUGCAACGCUACGGCUAACGCUCGUAUCGAAAGCGAACAAUGGCGCCGAUGCACAAUAUUUGGCACACGCUCUGUUUGGCAUUCUCAUGCUGCUGCCCCAAACGGAGGCCUUCGACACCCUUCGCAACCGUCUUCAGUGCGUGCCCAACUAUUGGGGCCAGGAUCGCAUCGAUGAGCGCAAUUCGCUGGAAUACAAGAGCGGGAUCGAUUUUGAUGCCCUGCAACAGCAUUUCAUCAAAUUGCAAAAGGCACACCGGGAGCAGCGAAUCGUGCAUCGAAAGCGUAGCGUAAUUACGCCAGAGUAAUACAUCUUUUUAAGCAUAUUUUAUUUAAAUAACCUGUGAUUAAUCGUGCAGUCAAUCGCAUUUCUGUUUUAAUAAACAUGAAACUGCCUGAAAUUCGA